CGGAGCGCCUCAAACUUCACGCAAAGCGAGUGAAGUAUACACGUCGUCGUCGUCGUCAUGGCUAGCAGGAAAACGAUGCACCAAAACCGGGAUAAUGGCGACAAAUAUUCCGUGUUAUUGCCGACUUACAACGAGCGGGAGAACCUUCCUCUGAUAGUUUGGCUCCUGGUGAAAUAUUUAGGAGAAAGUGGACAUAACUAUGAGAUCAUUGUCAUUGAUGAUGGAAGCCCAGACGGCACACUGGAGGUGGCAGAGCAGCUGCAGAAAAUAUAUGGAGAGGACAGAAUACUUCUACGACCUAGAGCGAAAAAGUUAGGCCUAGGCACUGCCUACAUCCACGGCAUGAAGCAUGCGAGUGGGAACUUCGUUAUCAUAAUGGAUGCAGAUCUCUCCCAUCAUCCCAAAUUUAUCACAGAAUUUAUUGAAAAGCAGAAGGAGGGUAACUAUGACCUGGUGUCUGGGACUCGUUACCGAGGCAACGGAGGAGUGUAUGGAUGGGAUUUGCGCCGAAAACUCAUCAGUCGCGGAGCAAACUAUUUGACUCAGGUGUUGCUGAGACCUGGUGCUUCAGAUCUCACAGGCAGCUUCAGACUGUACAAGAAGAAGGUGCUGGAGAACCUGGUGGAGCGAUGCGUGUCCAAAGGCUACGUCUUUCAGAUGGAGAUGAUCGUGCGAGCCAGGCAGCUCAACUACACGGUCGGAGAAGUGCCCAUUUCGUUUGUGGAUCGAGUUUAUGGAGAGUCCAAACUGGGAGGGAACGAGAUCUUGUCGUUUGUGAAAGGACUGAUCACACUCUUUGCCACGACAUGAUCAGUGAUGCAAUCGAUCUUCCCUCUUAACCUCAAACUCACUCUUCUCACUGGUGCUGUACAUGUGCUGUACAGCAGUCAUAUAAGAAUUGUAACGACAGGGGAAAAAGCUUGACUGAUGGCGCUUUUCCCACGACCCAGUUUCAGCACGGCUGAAAAAUCUGCGUCAAAUCUCCAACAUUUAGCAAAGGAAAAGUCUAAAAUCUCCAUAUUUCCAAAUAGAGGCUGACGUAUUGAGCCAAAUCACAACCCGUUCACUGACUGAGUCUGAUUCUGUGACCAAUCCUGUCGCUGCACAACAGGAUGUGGCACGCAUACGUCUCAUUACCACAAAACUACACUACACCGUUUGUGAUACCUAGAAAACUUCAAAAACUAUUGAUUUGGCGAUGGGUCCAGGGUGUGACCCCCGCGUGGCCCUCGUGUGGAGGAUAAAGCGGUAGAAGACGGAAUGAAUCGUCCAAUCACAGAUGAGAUUCACCAGCUUCUCAGUACCGUAAUUCCUUCCUAAACGGUUGAAUAACUGCCAGAUAUCGAAAUUGAAAGUUAUCUUGGAAAUUCUACAGCCAUAAAAUCAAAAAUGAAUCCAGGCUGAUUAUCAUGAGAGGACCAUAAGAGGGUUUAUAUAACUGUGUGUUUGUGUCGCGUAGAAAACAAAGUGAUGGCAGUUCAACGCAGCCAUGCUCUGAUGACUCCGCCCACUUUGAGGAGGUGCUAUAGUAAUGGCAAAACCAUACCGAGUCGAGCCGUGCUGGAACUGGGCUAGUGGAAAAAGCGCCAAUAGAACACGAUGACAAAUGACAUAAGAUAAAGGAAUGUAUAUCAUGUUUCACAUUUCCCAUCGUCAUGAAUCAUGUGAAGGGUUUUACAGUUUGUAUGCAAUUAAAAUAAGUCUUUUUUGUUA